AUGGCUGCCGCUGCCGUGCUAUCAUCCCCUGCCCCCCCUAGCGCCAUGCCCGCCAACAAGGAGAUCUCGCCCCAGUCCACGCCCUCAGGGUCAACAACCUCCACAGCUGUACAAAACCCCAGCCUGACCGACAGCACUCGCACCAGCGAGACCUUGAAUGAGAAGGACGCCCAGCAGGUCCCACACCUGGAUGGCAAUGGCAAGGUCACCGGGGCAGAUCCCAGCUCCAACGCCGGCGGUCUUAAGAAGACCAGGUCUAAGAGGCUGCGCCAAUCCUUGACUUCCAAGCGCAGUAGCAAGCUGGCCAAUGUCCCUGAGGAGCAGGCUGACGUCGUCGACCCUGACCGGUCUGUGUCGACAAGCCGCUUCAAGACUUUUGUCAGGUCAUUCAAGUACCUGUAUAAACUGACUCCCAAGGAUGUGGAUGACUUCAUGGCAUCCUACAUCAUCUACAACUUGGACUGGGAGAAUGAGGCUGAGAUAAUCGACACCCUGGGCCCUGAUUACCAGCAAAAGGUUGGUGACUGCCUCAAGUCAUACUACGGUGUGCUCAACCACCUCUGUGCCCUCGGCGAUGUCGAGAAGAUGUACAUCCCACCCGCCAUGAACAUGAAGGUCUCUGUGAGGGACAACCAGCUUCUAUACGAGGAGUCCAUUUCCCGGGACCUCGGCCUGAAGCCUGGCAUGAGAGUACUGGACCUCGGCUGCGGACGAGGUCGCGUUGCCGCACAUAUCACCAAGUACUCUGGUGCUCGCGUGACGGGUCUCAACAUCGAGCCAAAUUCAAUCGCUCAGGCUCAGGCCUUCAAUGACGAGCUAGGCUUCGACAACGAGUUCAUCGUCAAGGAUUUCAAUGACCUGCCGCUCCCUUUUGAGGAUGAGACGUUCGAUGCUUUCUACAACAUCCAGGCAUUCAGUCUCGCCAAAGACCACCCUGCACUCGCCAGUGAGAUCGUCCGUGUUCUCAAACCUGGUGGACGCUUUUCCUCCUUGGACUGGGUCAAGUACCCUGCCUAUGACGAGAAGAACCCGGAGCACACCCAGCUCAUGCGCCGUGUGAAGCCUCUCAUCGGUGCCGUGGGGACGCCGACCCCGAUAUCCAUGGAGAAGGCAUUCAGCGACGCCGGGCUGGUCGUCACAGUCUCAGACAACGCUAGCGUCGCUACGGACGGCCUGCAGAGCCCACUCAUCGGCAAGGUGGACCUCUACUUCCGCACCAUGCGCCAGCUGAUCCUCGCGUUGGUCAAGGUGCACGCGCUACCGCCGCACUUCAAAACGCUCAUCAACCGAUUUUGCCUCGAUGGGGAGGCGUUUGUCAAAAUGGACGAGAUGAGGCUUAUCACGACCAGCUACCGGAUCAUCGCCGAGAAGCCAUACAAGACAGAGCACCAAAAGUACUAG